AUGGAAGACCCCAAGAAGCUUCGAAUCCUCUGGUCUCUGCCGUGGCUUCCGAACAUCCCUGGAGAGUCACCGCUAGGAUUUGAGACAGGAUUGGAUAGCGGUCACGGGGCAACAGUCUUGGACCUAGGCAUCACAGAGGAAACUGAUAUCCGUGAAAGCGCACGGGUUUUGAUGUUCACCCCUCUUAUCCCGCGAUCAUCAGGGUGGGAUCCCAGUGGAGAUCACUAG